AUGGCACCAUUCAGAUUUCAGGAUCUCCCGCCCGAGAUUCGCCUGAAUGUCUACCAACAACUCGAGCCCAGGUUCGAUCGUGGCAUCAUCAUACUCCUGAGGGGCCCUCCCAGAUCUUCUGGGGAACUAUUCAGAUACAAGAGGCUGGCCCGACUCGCCGAAGUCGAAGCUGUCGCCGCUGCUUUCGAACGCAGUCGUCGCGAGGCCUUCAUUCACCAGAUGCAGAUCGAUAUGGGGUGGGCGUUGCCUGAUGCGUCCAAGAGAAUACCAACAGCGCGGGCGAUGUUCAACCUGAGUCGUUCCUGCCGUCUGAUGCGGCAGGAGAUUUUGCGAAGACCUGUCAAUCACAUGGACGCAGCUGAUAUUGAUGCUACAUGUGUAUUCGGUGUCAUGAGGCCUUUCUUCGCUGAGCUGGUCUGCGACCUCAGGAUCGCAAUGUCCCUGACGAUGGCAGGAAGCGAGCGUGAAAGAUGGUUCAGACAGUUGCUCUCCACAUUUCCAGGCCUCAGUCGCGUUGAGAUCAACAUAAGAUUUCGCAAAGACGCGGAAACUUCGAGCACGAAGUACAGAGUCAAUGACCUGCGAAUGAUCAAGUUCAUACUCGAUAACUCGAACUUCGACAAAGCGCUCCUUGUUGUCUCAUACAGCAAUAAGUUAUGGGGAAGGUUCCCCAGAGAAUCUCCCAUCUACCUGGUGACCGAAGAGCAUUGUCGUCAGAUGCCCACGCUCUAUAGGCAUUUCCCAUGUAUCGCGGUUGAGGACGAGUUGGCCGCUGCCCUGUCUGUGAGUCGCAAGCGGACAAAGACUUGA